UCCUUGUCUGAGUUCUUUUUUUUUAAAUGUAACUCCCAGCACUAAAAUGCAGCUGCCUCUGAGGCGGAGCGUGGCAGGCAGCUCCCUUAACGGCCCCCAUCAGCGCCACCCAAGAGCUUAGGACAGGCAGUAAAAGAAGAGUGACAUGGCCUCCCGUUGAAAUGACAGGGGGACGUUUAGUUUUUUGGCCAUGGCUCAGAAAGACCCCUGCCAGAAACACGCCUGUCAAAUCCAGAAAUGCUUGCAAGAAAACAACUACUUGGAAUCCAAAUGUGAAGCCUUCUUCCGGGAGAUGAGAAGAUGCUGUGCCCGCUUUCCCAAGGGCACGUCCGUCUCUUGUUCAGGGUUUGAGAGAGAGGAAAAAGAGCAGCAGAUACCAGAUUCCAACAGAUUUUGUACCCCACAUUUCUGAGGAAACGCGAACCUCUGGGGAAGCGCAGUCUUUUCCUGCAAACCGCGUAGCUGCGCUAUACCUCAUCUAUCCUGCUUGCAAAUUAGAGACUGCUCCGAGAUGCAAGCCAGCUCCUCUUUCCGGAAAACAGUCCUGUCUGUGGAGAGUAGAGCUGGUAACAGUUCUGCUAUCAAACUGUCUCACUGCUGUAGCCUUAUUGUGGAUUAGACUGGAGUAACUUGGUGUGUUAAUGUUCAGCGUCAUCUAAAUCUAUGGUCUAGAGUAGCAAUAUUCCAGGGUGUGCUGAAAUCCAAGCAGCCUUUUUUUUCUCCUCCUGGAAGCUUGAGACAAUCUUGUUAGACAUGGUGUGUAAAUUAGUCUGUUGUUAAACUGCAGAAACUGUAUGCCCGUUACAUCAGCACUUCCCAGUCUGUUCAGAAGUUGUCCUUCUGUCUUUUGCCGCGCAGAAAUACAACAUGUUGGCAACUAAAGCCUUGGAGCUUCUCCUCUUUUCAGCUGGGCAAUAGUUAGAUUACCUGUGUGCCUCAGUUUCCUUGUCUGCAAAACAGGACAAUACCACCUCUCCUUUGGACUGUAGAUUUAGUAGCACUCAAAUCCAAUUGCACAACACUGAUUUAUGUGAAUGCUAUUGUGGAAGCAGCUGAAUUCAGGGAUCGUUAAUAGUGUGUGGUGUGUAAUACCCUAAACCCCCUUUGUCAAGCAAUAGUCACUUUAUGGGAAGCCAGAGUGGUAUAGAGGGUAUUUUUUGAAAAAUCUCAAUUUCUCUGCAACUUACAUGAGCAAAAAUCCAUUCCAAUGACUGGAACUGGAAUGUGGUUGUAGCAAUCCCCGCCCUCCUCACCUGCCCAAUGUAAACCCUGCUAAACACAUCACAGGGAACUUUGGAUAUCCUUUACUACUAUUGUGUUCAAUCUAGUACCUCGUCAGUGUUGAAGUAAUUUCAAGACUGCUGCAAUGUUCUGUGUGCAUCAUAGGCAGGUAUCACCAAAGCCAGUGGAAGAACCUAUGUUAAGUCUUUCUAAACACCAUGCUGCAAACAAUAAUAAA